ACUAAGAAAUAAAACACACUCUCUCAUUCACAGGAGCUCCGUUUCCGAGCGCUGGGAAUAAAGCUUCAUUCACGUUUGGACUCAAAGUCUUGUAAUUGCUUCUUUUUUUUUUUUUUUUUUUUCUUCACAAUUCUUCUCUCUGUGAGGGGUUAAAGGUGUUUCAAUAUGAUGUUCAUGUAUGUUCUCCUGCGCGCUGCUUUUGGAUUAUUCAGCGUCGGUCUCGUCGCCUUUGUCCAGAAGCCAGCCGCCGCUUCUGCCAACAGAAACCCGCAAGAUGUGGACGAGUGCGCCGAAGCCUUGGACAGCUGCAGUAUCGAUGCCAUCUGCCAGAACACCCUAAAGUCAUACAAAUGCAUCUGCAAAUCAGGAUACAAGGGCGAUGGAAAACAUUGCGAAGAUAUCGAUGAGUGUGCCAGUGAAUAUAACGGAGGAUGCGUUCACGAUUGUAUCAACAUCCCUGGAAACUACAGGUGCACGUGCUACGAUGGCUUCCGAUUGGCCCACGAUGGACACAACUGCCUGGAUGUUGACGAGUGCUCGGAAGGAAACGGUGGUUGCCAGCAGAUCUGUGUGAAUAUGAUGGGAAGUUACGAAUGUCGAUGCAGAGAUGGAUUUCUCCUGUCCGACAACCAGCACACCUGCAUCCAGAGGCCAAAAGUGCGUUUUAAUGGAACUAAAGAUGUGCCCACCUGCAUGGAUAAAAAUCACGGCUGUGCCCACAUUUGCAGGGAGACGCCCAAAGGAAGUAUCGCCUGUGAGUGCAGACCAGGAUUCCAGCUCACCAAAAACAACAGAGACUGUAAAUUGACCUGUAACUACGGUAACGGAGGCUGUCAGCACAUCUGUGAGGAGAUGGACCAAGGGCCCAAAUGUUCAUGUCACAUGAAGUUUGCUCUUCACUCUGAUGGGAAGACCUGUGUUGAGGAAAGGAGUGUCCAACAGCAGCCACUGCAGCCACAGCUGUUACCCAAUGAGACGUGUGCAGUAAACAACGGAGGCUGUGACAGCACGUGUCAUGAUGCAGUCACAGGAGUUCGCUGUAGCUGCCCAGUCGGAUUCACCUUACAACUAGACCGUAAAACCUGCAAAGACAUUGAUGAAUGCCGUAUGAACAACGGGGGGUGCGACCAUGUGUGUAGAAACACAGUGGGCAGCUUUGAGUGCAGCUGCAAGAAAGGAUAUAAACUUCUGACCAAUGAGAGGACAUGCCAAGAUAUUGAUGAGUGCUCAUUUGAUCGGGCGUGUGACCACACAUGUGUGAAUUCACCUGGAAGUUUUCAGUGCUACUGUCACAAAGGUUACAUCAUCUACGGUGUGGCUCACUGCGGAGAUAUUGAUGAGUGCAGCAUUAAUCGGGGCAGCUGUAAAUUUGGAUGUGUGAACACGCUGGGCAGUUAUGAGUGUACCUGUCCUCCAGGCUACAAACUGCACUGGAAUAAGAAGGACUGUAUCGAGCUUUUGAAGUGUGCGUCCAGUCUUGUAGCACCCAAAGCCACCCUCACCUGUAACAAGAUGGGGAAAAAAGAGAGCUGCUCUCUCACCUGUGCAUCUAAAGCACAUUACCUGGCAGAAUCAGACAACAGCUAUUCCGUUAGUUGUGGAAUACCCAUCCUACGAGGUAAAUCCCAGGCCAGAUUAAACACAAGCAGCAUCCAGAGCUGCAUAGAGACUCAGACCCCUCCAGUGAAGCAGACGGCAUCCUUCCGGAUCAAGAAUGCCAAAUGCCACCUGCACCCGAAGCUUAAGGGGAGGGCAGAGGACAACGGCAGACAGAUCGGGCCAGGCGGCCAACUAUGCAACAACUGCCUGGUCACGUUCGUUAACCUGAAGUGUGACUCGUCUAAGAAAGCCAAAGGUCGUCGAGCACGUAACCCGUCAAGCAAAGAGGUCACGCGCAUCACUCUGGAGCUGGAAGCCGAGGUCAAGCCAUCGGACACCACCGGGAACUGUAAUAUGAUGUGUCAAAGGCAGCGCAUGGAGCAGCAGAUGAAGUCGUACAUCAAAGCCCUGAAAAAAUCCAUUAACCAGGAGCGUUUCCUGAUACGUGUAGCUGGACUAGAGUAUGAGGUCGCGCAGAAGCUCUCCCAGGCUGCACUGAGGCAAGAUAACUGCGGACCUGGCCGAGAGAAAGACAGCGGCCGCUGUGUCAGAUGUUUGCCUGGAUCAUACUACCAUGGUGAGCAGGAGCGCUGUGUCCAGUGCCCACCUGGAACAUUCCAGGAACGUGAAGGUCAGCUGGCCUGUGACCUUUGCCCUGGAGGAGACCGCCAUGGCUCACCAGGGGCCCGCAACGUCACGUCAUGUGCAGGUCAGUGUCCACCUGGGUAUUCCUCCAGUGAUGGCUUUAAGCCCUGUCAGCCAUGCCCCCUUGGUUCGUACCAGCCUGACCCAGGACGAACUCUCUGUUUCCCUUGUGGAGGGGGGCUCGGUACCAAAAGAGAGGGUGCCAGCUCCUUUAAUGACUGUGAGGUCAAAGUUUUGUGUUCUCCAGGUCAUUAUUAUAACACCUCAGUUCAUCGUUGUAUCCGUUGCCCUCAUGGAACCUACCAGGCUGAGUUCAGACAGAACUACUGCAUUUCCUGUCCUGGAAACACCACCACAGACUUUGACGGGGCCAUCAGUGUCUCUCAAUGCAAGAAUCGAGAAUGUGGGGGUGAAAUCGGAGAGUUCAUCGGAUACAUUGAGUCACCCAACUAUCCGGGAAACUAUCCAGCCAAUGUUGAAUGUGUCUGGACCAUCAACCCUCCACACAAACGCAAGAUUCUGAUCGUUGUCCCGGAGAUCUUUCUCCCAUCUGAGGAUGAGUGCGGAGAUGUGCUAGUGAUGAGAAAGAACUGGUCAGCGACCUCGAUCACCACCUAUGAGACAUGUCAGACGUACGAGAGACCGAUCGCUUUCACGGCUCGAUCGAGACGCCUCUGGAUCAACUUCAAAUCCAAUGAUGUAAACAGCGCUCGAGGGUUCCAGAUUCCCUAUGUGACUUAUGAUGAGGACUAUGAGCAGCUGGUUGAAGACAUUGUAAGAGAUGGAAGACUUUAUGCCUCUGAAAACCAUCAAGAAAUACUCAAGGAUAAAAAACUAAUUAAAACUCUUUUCGAUGUGCUGGCUCACCCUAACAAUUACUACAAGUACUCCACUCGGGACUCCACAGAGAUGCUUCCACGUUCCUUCAUACGUCUCAUCCACAGCAAAGUCUCCGCCUUCCUGCGUCCAUACAAAUAGCCCAAAAGCAUUGUCCACCUCCACACACCUUCAGUCACCUGGCCUCGAGUCAACGGGAUCCUACACACAUUUAAAGGAAAUAUGCACACACACAACCACACUUAAUGACAUCACACUAUGCAGAUUUCAAAUGUUUCACUUUACCUUUUUCUUUUUUAUUCUUGUCGGUUAUCUGUGUGGGGGGAAAAAAGCUGUGUAGUCUAAUGUAACGCAGUGGUUUCGAACCAAACAGCAGCUUGACUAAAGUGUUUCUUGCUGUUAGACCUCUCUAUACACGUCGGUCACCACUCUGUGCCGUCGAUGUUUUUGUUCAGUAUGAAUGUUUGCACGCUUAGUCCGUAGAGGCAUCUCGUAGAGUAAAACAAUGUUUUGGGUGGUCCAACAUCCCGUGAGUUUAAACACCUGUCUUGUUUUUACAGCGAUGAUUUGAGUUAAAGAGCGUGUUGUACAGACAAAAGAAAGUUGUAGCAUGUAAAAAAAAAAAUUAUAUAUUUGUUGAACUGGAGCUAGCUGUGACCGUGCUUUAAAAAUAGUGUUUUUUCCCCCAGGUUCCAGCUCUUAAAAACUCCACUAGUUCUCAAACUAAACAUACAGUCUUUUGUAUAUCUGUACUCUUAGUGUGCUCUCGGUAAGACCUAAUUCAUAUCAAGCAUUUCACAAUGUUAAAGCAUUAUAUUUGAGCUCCUAGAGCUUACACAUAAUCUCUAAUGGUCGUGCUGUUACUGUAAAACAGUAGUAUUUUGUCUGUUCAGAUUGUAUUAUUGUCAAUUGCAUAUUCGUCUAUUUCCUAAUAUUCAAGUUAAUUUAAAAAGGUGUAAAAGAUAUGCAUUAUGAAAAAGGCUUGGGUGAUGGAAAGGUUGGUUGGUAUUUUAAAAACAGUGGACUGUUAAUACUCAGUUCUGUGAGAGACCAAAACAGAAAUGUUUUUUUUUUUUUGCAGGACAUGCAAUUGCUGCUUCUUCAAAAACGUCACUUUAAGCCUUCGGUUUUGCCUAAUACGAUUCAAGAAAUUUCCUCCCCUACGAAAAAGAGCAAUCGAGGGGCCGAACUCUUUCACAGGUUGGAAGUAAUGUUUUCAUAAUGCAGAUAUGAAUCACUGAUAAACGCAAACCACAGGUUGACACGGAUGGACGUGAUUGAAAAACAAAACAGCAUCACUACACAUUUCAGUCCUGACCAGGACGAAACAACAGUGUUUUGCACAUUACUUUAACCAUCCAGAGGAGCAGCGUUCGGUUUACAGGUGUUAAGUUUCACUGGACCUCAGUGAUAUUUGCUUGUAAGUGCCUGAAGUACAAAGUUAUCAUGAUAAACCUGUGGAUGUCGACUUUUAUGAGUGUUUCCUGUAUUAAUUAUGAACCCAUUAGUAUUCCUUAUGAAUAUGUUUAUAAGUCACAAACUAGAGCCCUUUACAUAAUGUGUUGCACCGUGUCCUAACCAGGUGCAACAAGAUAAAGCGGCAAGCGUUCAAAUCUCUUCCAUGUCAACCAGCCGUGACCACGACAAAAGGCUGAUUGUCAUGCCUUGCACCUUGUUAGGACAUGGUCUUAUGUAGCAAAGACUAUGACUUUGAGAAGGUCAAACCAUACCCAGUUUUGAUAUGUAAACAUUUGUAAACAGAAAAGGACCGCUCACUGGAUGGUCAUAAUGGUAGUUUGUUGUUGUCUUUUUUGUAUAUUGUAAAUAUUAAAUAAACGUAGACUAAUUGGAGUCUGAGAGAUAAAUCAAGACAGAAGACAUUGUAUUUAGAAACAUGCCUCUGUAACCCCCCCGCCCUUGACACAGUUCAGCUGUCAAAAAGAGGCUGGGAUAAAAUUUGAACAAUAAGGCCAGAAAUAUACUCUAUGCAAGUGCGCAACCUGUUUGGACAACCUGUUGCAAGCACACAUUCCCAUUGUACAUACUUAACGUGUGUUUUUUGCGAUACUGUAUGCAGUAACAAACCUCAGUAUUCAAGGCGGCCAUAGAGUUACCUAGAAAUUUCUGCGCCAAUAAAGUGGAGGAAGUGUUAUUCAGAGAGAUAGCUAUAAACAUGCUGACAUAAAAGGAAUAUUCCAGGUUCAAUACAAGUUAAGUUCAAACGACAGCAUUUGUGGCAUAAAGUUGAUUACCACAAAAAAUAAUUUCAUCCCUCCUUUUUUUUGAAAAAAGCAAAAUACUUACAAUGGAAGUGAGUGGAGACAAUUUUUGGAGGGUUUAAAGGCAGAAAUGUGAAGCUUAUAAUUUUCUUAAAGCACUUACAUGAAUUCUGUUAAAACUUGUUUAUUAUUUGAGCUGUAAAGUUGUUUAUAUCAUUGUUUUUGCGGGAUUACGGGGUUUACAGUGUUAUGUUCACAUUGUCAUGGCAAUGAAGUUGUAAAAUUAAAUAUAACUUUACACAAAAAGGUUAUUAAGCGAUUUUAUCACACUAAAAUCCCUUCUUGUGGCUACACUUUUGUUACAGUGAGUAUUUUAACGUUUACGGAUUGGCCCCAUUCACUUCUGUUGUAAGUGCCCCACUGUAACCCAGAUUUUAGCUUUUUAUAAAGAAAAGGAGGGACAAGUCAAAAUAAAUUGUUGUGGUAAUCAACAUUAUGCAAUAAAUGCUGUUGAAUGAGCUUAACCUGUAUUGAACCUGAAAAUAUUCCUUUAACUAACUUGCUCAGCAGGAUUCUCUUUAAACCGUUGCUCCACCAUGACAAUAGCUGACCUGAAAGAAAAAACUGAACGUAGAAAAAAAGUUUACGUUAAUGCCCAGUUGUGAAUUUGCGUUGCGUUACGAACUGCGGUUUGACAUUUCAAAUGGCAACCAAACAUGAAAUUGAGCAUGCAUAGCUUGAAGCGUUUGCGUUCACACACUUGCGUUGAGUAUGUUUCGGGCCUAAUUCUGUGCGAGUAAAAAAGAAUAUUUUUGGUGUUCAUUGUUCAAAGCUGGCUCCAGAUGUGGUCAAACCAUGCUGAUCGAACUUUUGACCCAACCUUACUUCCAAAGACUGUCUACCACCCCAAUGGCCGUUAACCUACAAAAACACAGAUGAUCAGUAGCGGUUCUAGCAUGUAUGGCGCCCUGGGCGAAACCCGCUUCAGCACGCCCCCAAAGUUGUUGACCGGGGUUGGGGUGGGGGGGGUUGUGGUAUGUGGUGAUGAUUGUAAAUUAGAUGGCUGGUGGAGUUCAGGGCGCCUACUUGUCUGUGUGGGCACCUCGUGCUGCUACAGGCAAGAUGCCGCCCUGGGCAGCUGCCCAUAUCACCCAUGCCUAAAUCCGCCGCUGCAGAUGAUCCCUGGUUUUGUUUUUUUGAAGUGCAGUGACAAACAGAAAAUCUAACCAACAAUGCUUAAUCCUAAACUCCUCAACUAAGAAGAAUUUGAUGUCUUUUAUUUCAAAGGAAUGUUUUCAUGAAGCAGUAACUGACGUUUUAGGAAUUAUGUACAUUUGUCAUCUAUAACAAGUGUCACAAAUAUAAUUGUUUAACUAUAAAUAUGAUAAUAUACAGUAGAAAGUAAAAGAAAAAACAACACAACUUGGGUUAACCCAAUAACAAGUAUAGUACUGUCAAUAUAGUCCCACUUGCAGAAACUAACAUUUUUUCGAGUCACUGUAUUACUAAACAUGUCAAGUACUCUGUUGCAGCACUGUUGGAUAGAAAUCUCUGUGAAAAGGAUGGGUCAUAUGCGAAAUAGCCACAAGUGCCAUGAAAUAAAAAGUUUAUGGCAAAGUAGUCAACAUUGUCUUUUGAAUGUUCAAUAAAGGAAAUGCAGAUUAUUAGUUACUCUAACUUGUCAUUAGCGGUCUGUGACUGCUGCUUUAUUUUUAUAAUUUCCCCUUGUCUUUGCGCUACCAAAACCAUUUUCAAGCAACUUUAAAAUACAUUGUAUCAAAUCACAUUCCAAUUUCUAUUUUUAUUUUUAAGUUGUUGUUUUUUUGUUUAGUUUUUUCUGUGUUUUCUUUUCCCCAUUUUUCUAAUUUUUUAUUUUUAUUUUUUUUUUUUAAUGUAUUAAAGUUUUGGAGAAAAGGAAAUGACUUUGCCACAAUGUUUCAUGGGAUGGUAUUUGCACUUGAUGUCUGGAUUUUGUAUUGUCUUUUUAAAUGAAAGAAAUUGGUGUUCUUAAAGGUGUCUUGUUUCUUAAU